UCAUUCUUCCGCAAUCUUCAGGUACUCUCUCUCUCUCUCUCUAAGUUGCUUCUCUCUCUUUCUUCUGCUCUCGUUUUAUCGUUUACUCGGUAAUGUCGACAAGUAAGAAACUUUCUCGAGAACAAAAGGGGAAGAUGCGUGCGGCCUCGUCGGGAUCUGGUGAUGACUUAGAGACGGUCCGUGGUUCUGAAGGAAGCCAAGAGGCGGUUCAUCGCGAGGCGAUGAUGGAUACAGAGAACUUGAGUCGUGCGCAGCGCGUUCUUAUUUCGGAAUCGAGAGUGCAGUCGCGGAAGGACGACGACGGUCGUGAUCAUGUUGACGAUCAGAUGAUCCCGAUAAGCUUUUAUCCGGGGAACAUCUUCGAGAAGCAACCUCCGCUUGAUCGGGAGCGCGUGCGUCCUUCGGUCGUCGAAGGCCAGGACUGGCGGGGUGUCGAGAAGACGAGGUCGACCGUCGAGUCGGUGACGAGACUCCUACGGGCUCGCGACGCAGCGGGGGUUACGUUUAUAAUCCCGAAUAGCGACCAGCGGCCCUGGUCUCCUCCGAAAGGCUACCAGUGCGUCUACGAGUCGUACUUCGAGGGCGACACGAAGCUGUGGUUUCCGAUUCCUCGAAUCGUCACUGCGUUUGCGAUGCGCCGAGGAGCCGCCCUUAGCCAAUUUCUGAAUGGUGCGUGGCGGCUGGCCGUGGCACUGACGAUUAUCGGAGCAGAAGCUGGUGUUCCUCUCAACGUCCGAGCUUUCGAGGAAUUAGUGUCAGCGAAGAUAAAGGGCGGACUGAUUUCGCUGAAGAUCCGCCCCAACUAUAACGUGGUGACCGGCUACCCCAACAAGACGAACAACUGGCAGCGGUCCUACUUCUACGUCAAAUCUGACAGGGCUGCGUUCGAGGAGCCGCUGAGGACCGGCUAUCGUGUUUUAUGGGCCCGAGAGAUGGUUGCUCUUCCGAACACCGCAGAGUACGAGGAGGACUUUUUGACGAGCGCGCGUCUGAUCGCAUCGCAGAGACAGGACCAUUGGAAUAAUUUUUCCUAUCGGAGGAUUAGUCGAUCGAUCGGGUGGAUUAGUCAGCAGGUUUGGCGUUCGGACACGAUCCCCAUUGUCACGAAUAAGACGAAGAGGGUCAAUUUGUUCAAUUCGGCCGAGCAGAGGGAGAUAAACCGAGCAAGAGCGAUGAGGACUAUUCCAAAUUUGAGUUUGGUGGUUGCGAAGAAAGUCGGCUCCGCAAAGAAAUCUCAGCCCGAUACCGCGGGCUCGCCUAAUUUAGGAGAUCCGAGCGCGACUGAGUCGGACGCUGAGGCUCAGUUGGUUAGAAAGACCAACAAGAAGAGACAGCGCGAAGAGGAGGGCGCGGCUGUCGAGGAAACGAACGUUGGGGCUUCCUCUCCUCAAGGGCAUUCUGGGUCAGAGGGGAGAAGGAAGAAGGCAAGGGGCGAUUCUCCCGCGAUCCGAUCCUCGUCCGUUGAGGAAGGCGAGCUCAGGGACCUGGAACCGAGCGGUGGUUCCAAAGAUGAGGUGGUCCCCGAAUCACAGCCUGCGGGCAGCCGCGACGAAGAUCUUCCGGUGGUCUCUCCAAAGGCCAAGAAGAAGGACAAGAAGAGGAAGAGGAAGAAGAAAGCCGCCGAAAUGGUUCCUCGAGGCUCUUCUGAGGAGCUGAACGACGAGGAGGAAGAUGCCACCCGUUCCGGGGAAUCGCUGGGCCCGGGGCGUGAAGUCGUGCCGGAGGAACCCGCUCCUCAGGUCGCUGAAGGGACCGUUGCUGUCCCGAAGAAGAGGAAGAAGAAAAAGAAGGGUUGUCCGGACAGGGUUUCUUUCUCUUACGACCGCGAGGUCCCGCUAGCGCAUGACGAGCAGGAGUGCGGUCGCCUGGUUCGUCAGUUUAGGGGAGAUCGGGGCGCGCUGCCGCCGGUCAAGGACUUGAUCUUCAAGGAGGAGUACAAGUUCGCCGCCCGUACCUCCAUCAUGAGCCUCGGAGACUGGAACGUUUUAGUGAGGAAAUACGAUGAGGAGCUGAGAGGAGCGUUCGAGUUGGUCGACAAGCAGAAGAGGAGCCAUAAACGCGCAAAGGACGAAGCAGUUGCCCAAGAAGAAGCGCUGAGGAAGGAGCUCGACGAGCAGAGGGGAAUCAUGGCGAUCGAGUUGGCGUCUGCUCGGGACCUGGUAAAGAAGGCGGAGAAAGAGAAAGCCGAGUUGCGGAAGAGAAAUGCCGACUUGCAAGGCAAGAAUGCGACUCUCGAGAAGGAGGUGGUGGCCUCUGCUUUGAAUUUCUCCCGGGAGAUGGAUCGCUUGAGGGAAUCUCGCAAACUUGAGGUCACUCAUGAGCGAAUCCGCGUGAUGGCGGCAAUGACCGGAAAAUGCUCCCGACGCUUCAAAAAUAUUCAGGACCGAGAGAAGCGCCGUGAUGAUUUCGAGGACUCGCGGUGUAUGCUUGGUCAAGCGCGCGGGAUGCGAGACUGCCUCGAGGCUUUGAAGGAAUCGGGGAAAGAUAUCCCUCAGGAGACCAUUGAUACGUACGCCGACUUGGAGAAGUACUACGAUGGGGAGACGACUCGUCUGGAGGUAGGCGUGAUUCCGGACUCGGAUCUAACCUUGUCUCCUUUGGUGCUGAAGUCUCGGUUCGUGAUCGAAGAAAUCCUCGAGAAGGUUGACAAGCAUGGGUCGAACCUUGAGCUGAUCGAUUCUGAAGCCGCGGCAGCGCUCCGAUCUCCGAGUGAUGGAUUUAUUAGGGACCUCCUCGACACGGUACAAUCUCCUGCUCGUCCCGACGCCACUCUUCCUAUCAAAGAGGCUGCGCCAGACAAGAAAGCCGUUGAAGUGGACCCGAAGGCGCCCGGUGCCGAUGCCCGGGAGAAGUUGGUUACAAUCUCCGACAGUUCGUCCCUCGGGACUUCCGAUCCUGACGCGAGUGAAGGCCUUUCGGAUCCGAACCGCGAGAUCAGGCUUGCCUCUCCAUCGAGUAAGGGUCAAAGUACCGGCAACGUAUCCAGCUCGGGCCCUCCUGAGAAGAAAGAUCCCCCUGCUGAGGGAUGA